AUGAAGAUCCGUGGAUGUGCGAAGCUCAUAACGGGAAUCGUAGAUUUUGAACGGCUUGCCACGUCAGAGCUCCAGCUGGUGAAAUACGACGUGGGCCAGGAGUACAAGGCUCAUUAUGACGGCCGCAUGUUGCCAGAUGGCACGCUUGAAGCUCGUGGGACAUUCCUUGUGUACCUGAAUGAUGGCUUUGAAGGAGGGGAGACGUACUUUCCAAACGUAGGCAUCAAGGUGAAGCCAGAGAGAGGGAAAGCUAUUCUCUGUGAUCCUCCACACAACCUCGUCCCUCUCCCUGCUGCUGUUGGUCCCCUCGCCUCGUCUCACCUACAAAUCCGACGUCCAGCGGCAGCUGUGGCCAUCUGGGAGAAGCGCGGUACGCUGCUGCGGAUGAAGGAUUAUGCACCGAUCCGUGCAUCUGCUGAGUACCCUACGAUCGCUGAAAUCUUUUGCCUUUGGAGGAAACGGGCUGCAGAGGUGCAGGAGCAGCGUCGUGCUCUGUUCUUCUCCCCAGCUCACUAUCCCACUGUCGAGGAGGCGGUCUCGUGGAGCACAUCUUAUGCGGACCAGGAAGAGCAGCAAUCGGAAGCAGAGGUCGUAGAGGAGGUGGACUCGUGGAGCACGUCUUAUGCGGACCAGGAAGAGCAGCUAGCUGAAGCAAAGGUCGUAGAGUUGGUGCUCUCGCUGCUUGAUGCUUCAGAGGGCGAGGGCUCGGGGGAUGAUUUCGAUCUGAGCAGCAGUGACGCCAGGAUCUUCGGUUCUGAAGCCUCUACCAUGAGCAGCGGCUUCAGUGACAGCAGCAGCAGCGGCCAGAGCUCCCAGGAGGAGCCUUCCACUGCUAGUGCUGUCAACAGCCUCUGCUGCAGCAACUACAGGUUCAACUGCUACAACACUUACAGCAAGCAGUACAGUGACAGUUCGUUGCUGCUUGAUCUGGUGCUUCUGCUGGUUUCGUUUACAGUGAGUAAGAACGUGGUAACUGCUGUGCAUCUGGCAUCACGGAUGGGUCUGCUAGGUGCAGACCAGAGGUUGGUCAGGGGAACGCCUGCAGCCAGUUGGAGACUGCUCCCUACUCGGCGUCUCCAGCCUGGCAGCACGCGAGCAGCGGAUGUCAAGGCAGUUGUUGUCGGCGUCUCCAGCAUGAGCAGCAGCUUCAGUGACAGCAGCAGCGGCGCCCAGAGCUCCCAGGAGGAUGUCAAGGCAGGUGUUGUGGAAACAACGGUGCUGACUGCAGGAGUGAAGGCAGUUCUGGUGGAGAAAAUGCUGGUGAUUGCGUCUGGCGUGAGAGGUGGAGAUAAGGCAGAGCCGUCAAGUGCAUUGGCUGCUCCUGGUGAAGGUUUUAAGAAGGUGUCAGGAGCAGCGGCACAGGACAAGAAGCAGAAGGAACAGGUUGGAUGUGUGGGAUGUGGAGAGAGAAAUGUGUCUUCAAGAUCACUGGUCGCUCAUCCUGGGCGGGGUCUCAGGAAAGAGACAGCUGCACCGCAGAGCAAGAGGCAGGCGCGUCGGGUUGGGGGUGCGAAAUCUGGAGUGAGGGAAGCAGUUUCUAGAUUGCCGGCUGCUCUUCCUGGUGGGGGUCUCAGGGCUGGGUCAGCUGCAGUGGAGCUCUCAGUGAAGGCUCAGCAGCACUGA